AUGGUGAUGUCAAUUACAAUUAAAUUUUUUCUAAAGGAUGGAACACUCAUAAAACCAACAAUAUUUGGUGCAAACGAUGAACUCGUGGCAAACCGUGAGAUAACAGGAAAUCUAUUCGAGAACGAUAUGGCACUCACAGUGGCACAAAUGCUGCAAGCCACUUCACCACAACAAAGCCGAUUUCGACGGAAAGUGAUUGCAGAUCCUAAACUGAGGUGGAAGGGUGCAGUUGUACCUUACUACUUCAGUGAUCCGGAUAAAGCGUGGCAGAGGAGAAUCAAAAAUACGUUAAACUAUUAUGAGAACGAAACGUGCGUUCGAUUCGUUGAGAGAUCGGAUGCAACCGAUUUUAUUUAUUUUCUCAAAGGCAAAGGAUGUUUUUCUGCAGUUGGAAAGCUUGGAGGAAGUCAACCGCUUUCCGUUGGUUUGGGUUGUGAAUCCUUGGGUGUAAUCUCGCAUGAAAUCGGUCAUGCUCUCGGCUUUGUUCACGAGCAAGAGCGACCAGAAAGAGAUUCUUAUGUGCGCAUCAACCUUCAGUAUGCAAUUCCUGGAACCGAAGGCAAUUUCGAUAAAAGGCCUCUUGGGACUACAGUCGACCUCGGUGUGCCGUAUGAUCUCGGCUCUGUCAUGCAUUACGCAUCUACCGUUGAUGAGAAUCACUUUAUCGGUGCUAAUUCUUUGAAGGCAUUUACGUUUGAAAGCCUGAGGCACACGGUCGAUCCAAUCGAUACAAAAUAUAGAUCUACAGUUGGAAAUCGUGUGGCGCCGUCAUUCACAGACAUUAAACAAAUAAAUCGUGCCUAUUGCGCCGAUUCAUGUAGAAACACAAUAAAUAUAUGCGAAAAUGAAGGAUAUCCAGAUCCAAACGAUUGUAGCAGGUGCAAGUGCCCUCAAGGUCUCGGUGGUGCAACUUGCACUGAUCUCGAAUAUUCCAGUAAGCUUUCUCGCCAUUUUGAAGUGUUAUCAUCGUUUUUGAUCAAAGCUACAGCCAACUGA